GCGUUGGCGCUGCCGGCCCGGCGCAGAGUCCCGCUGGGAUGGAGCGGGCGGGCGAGGUCCGGCCCCUGCUGCCGCCGCAGGGUCCCGCCGGGCUCUCCUCUGCCGGCGCCGUCUGCAUCCUGCUCAAGUCAGCGCUGGGAGCGGGGCUGCUGAGCUUCCCCUGGGCCUUCGGCAGGGCUGGCGGAGCUGUCCCGGCCCUCCUGGUGGAGCUGGGCUCGCUGGUUUUCCUGGUGAGUGGGCUGGCGGUGCUGGGCUACGCCGCAGCCCUCAGCGCCCAGCCCACCUACCAGGGAGUGGUCCGGGCUGUGUGCGGGGCAGCAGUGGGGAAGCUCUGCGAGGUCUGCUUCCUCCUCAACCUCUUCAUGAUUUCUGUGGCCCUCCUCAGGGUGGUGGGUGACCAGCUGGAGAAAUUGUGUGACUCCCUGUACCCCAAUGGGACGCUAAGUGGGGCCCCCCUGUCACCCCCCUGGUAUGCAGACCAGCGCUUCACCCUCUCAGCUCUCUGUGUCUUUGUCAUCUUCCCGCUCUCUGUCCCCAAGGAGAUCGGCUUCCAGAAGUACUCCAGCAUCCUGGGCACGCUGGCUGCCUGUUACCUCACCCUGGUCAUCAUCCUGAAAUACCACCUGCAGGCAGAGAGCCUGGGCUGGCCGGAGCCCUCCCAGCCCUCCAGGUCACCCUCCUGGGCCUCCAUUUUUAGCGUCAUCCCCACGAUCUGCUUCGGCUUCCAGGUAGGUCACCCUGGCACCACUGUCCCUUGCUGCUGGGGCAGUGCUGGCAGCAUCCUGGACCAUGGGGACACUAUUCCUUGCAGGGGGGUUGCAGGGAAGGGGACCCAUUCUAUGUCCAGUGGUGGCUGCAGGGCAGGACAGAAGCCCCUGGGGAUGGGUGAGAGUGUAACAGGGCACCCCUGGGUGUGGGAGGGAAGGCACUGGGUAUGGGAGUUGUCCCUGCAUGGGGCCCCAGCAGCACCCCUCCUUGUUUUGCAGUGCCACGAGGCCUGUGUGGCCAUCUACAGCAGCAUGCGCAACCAGAGUUUCUUACACUGGAUCGCUGUCUCUGUGGUCUCCAUGCUCAUCUGUCUGCUCAUUUACUCCCUCACGGGGCUCUAUGGCUACCUGACCUUCGGCGAGGCUGUGGCACCCGACGUCCUAAUGUCCUACCCAGGGAACGACCCAGUUGUCAUUGUUGCCCGCCUGCUCUUUGGUGUCUCCAUCAUUACCAUUUACCCCAUCGUGGUGCUGCUGGGCAGGUCAGUGGUGAGGGAUGUGUGGGUGACCCCCAAGCACAGAGCCAUGGUAGUGCCCGAAGUGCAGGAGCAGCGGAGCCGGGUGGCACUGACAGUCACCUGGAUGGCCACCACGCUCACCAUUGCCCUCUUUGUCCCAGACAUCGGCAAGGUCAUUGAGCUCAUUGGGGGCAUCAGCGCCUUCUUCAUCUUCAUCUUCCCAGGGCUGUGCCUGGUGUGCAUGACUGGGACCCGCACCCUCGGGCCACGCAAAAAGGCAGCUCUCAUCACCUGGGGUGUCCUCUCCGUGCUCGGUGGUGCCUUCGUCUGCGGGCAGAGCGCUGCCCUGGCAGUGCUGGGGCUGCUGCGCUGAGGGGCCAUGGACCCGCUUCAUCGUGCACCCCCACAUGACGCCCCCACCAUACCCUCGGCACAGCUACACCUCUGGAUCUCAUCACGAUUUUAUUUGGCAUGACCAUCCCCAUUAUACAGAGGCUAAUAAAGACAGGAGAGGGAA